CGAGCGACAACAUUAGUGUCCCGAUCCGCUGGAGACACUUCACUGCUUCAUCAUCUGGUCACCUUUCAUCGGACUGGGUCGGCUCACAGGAGGGUUGUCGAACAUGGUCUGCGGAGGAUUCACCUGCUCCAAAAAUGCUCUUUGUUCCCUCAACGUGGUUUACAUGCUGGUCGGGCUGCUGCUGAUCGGAGUAGCAGCAUGGGGGAAAGGGUUCGGCCUGGUGUCGAGCAUCCACAUCAUCGGCGGGGUCAUCGCGGUGGGCGUCUUCCUGCUGCUCAUCGCCAUCGUCGGGCUCGUUGGAGCGAUACAUCACCACCAAGUCAUGCUGUUCUUUUACAUGGUCAUUCUUUUUAUCGUUUUCCUCUUCCAAUUUGGAGUUUCCUGUUCCUGCUUGGCGAUGAACCGCGGGCAGCAGGAGACACUUCUGAAUUCCGCUUGGGGUAUUUUGGAAAAUAAAACCAAGACAGACCUGGAGAGUCAGCUGAACUGCUGCGGGCUGCUCAACGUCACCGCCAACCGGCAACAGUUUGAACAUGAUUUGACAAACUGCCCCGCUUUAUGCAAAAAGAAAGGUUCCUGUUUCACCUGCGGGGAGAUGAUGCUGCAUCAUGCAACAGAGGCUCUGAAGAUCCUCGGGGGCGUCGGACUCUUCUUCAGCUUCACAGAGAUCCUGGGAGUGUGGCUCGCCGUGCGCUACAGGAACCAGAAGGAUCCACGAGCGAACCCGAGCGCUUUCCUAUAGUCUGCCUCCCCUCCGCCACCCCACCUCCUGUGAAUGCAGCAGAUGCAGUUUCAGACAACACACACACACUGGUAUACACACACACACACAUACACACACACAUACACACAAUCAUGCACAUCUAGAGGCACAUCAGACAGGUAGUAACAGAACCAAUAAAAACAACAAUCAAGAAAACAGCAGCAACACAGAACGGACGAGCGCACGAAGCAUCUGACAAACACUGAGAAACACACACACACACACACUUACACACACUUACACACACCUACACACACCUACACUUGUCACCUGAGACUGAGAAGCUAACAGCAACUCCUGUCAACAAAUUUAACCACCACUCCUCCUCGCUCCUCAUCCUCCUCCUCCUCCUCAGAGCUCAAGCUGGAAGACCUGGAUACUUAUGUAUGAAAGGAGGAUUUGUAAUACCAAGAAGUACUUGACUUGUUGGUACGUCGACCCCCAGCCUUGAUUUUGAGUGCCAGAUCUCCGGAUUGCGGCUCCUCCUCCUCUCGCACCUCGCUAUGUAGUUUCCGGCCGUGUAAAAAAACAACGAGCGACGAGAAGACGUCUUCUUCUGCAUGCGUCCCACCACGCUGCGCUUAAAACAAAGUUGUUGAUUUCAUUCCACACAACGACAACAACAACAACAACAACCCGAAUGACUUUGUGCGGUGUCCAAAAAUUAACCUGUAUGCACCUUUUUUCUCUAAAUAGUAGUGCCACCGACGAAUAUGUAUUCCUCUGGUCAGUGCUAUCAGUGAUGUGUAGAGAGCUGUGUAACCCAAACAUGUCCAGUGUGAGGAGCUACUGCUUUUUUUAGGAUAGAAGAAGAAGAAGGAGAAGAAGAAGGUAUAAACUGGACAUGUUGUGUAAAGUAGUUUUAUUGAAAUGUAAAUGUAAAUGUGGAGUUUUUUCUUUCUUUUUUUUUUGCAGAUGCCACAAAAUGCCGGAUUUAACAGUCUUUAGCUUUUUUUUUUUUUUUUUAGGUGACGUAGUUGCUAGUCGAUCAGGUUCAAAUAUUUAUGAUCUGUAACUGAGCCAACUAACUUUUGAACAGUCGGAUAUAUAAGAAUGCCAACGGACUGCAGACUUGAUGUUGUACAUAAUCUUUAAAUACUGUAGUUCUCACACACACACACACACACACACACACACACACAAUAUCAUUCUGGACGAGUUUUACCAUGUAGUCGCCUCUUCUAGUAGAGAGGUUUUGCCUGCAUAUACGAAGGUCUUUUAAAGGCCACAAUAAUCAUCCACCGCCUCCCUCCUUCCUGUAUUUAAUAUGUUCCUUUGUGUCGCACAGUGAUGUCGCUUUAGUAUAGUUUCUGGUAGUAGAAAAGUGGAUUCAGGUACGUAUCAUAACCUCCUGUGUAACUGGAAGAAAUCAUAGAACUGUUUCAAUAAAUAAAAAAUAAAUAAAUAAAAAAAGAUUAACAUGAAAUAAUUUUGGCUCAAAACUGCUUUAUCGCAAACCCCAGUUAUGUUUUUAUAGUGUUAAGUGAGAAAAUUAUGCUUUUUUGAUGCAAUUCUCCUUUUUUUUUUUUUUUGUAAUUAUUUUGUUCUCUUAACUGUGUUCUCCGUUGCCAUCUGCUCCUUUUUUUUUUUUUUUUUUUUCAUUCAUCAGUGUUAAGAUGCUUUGUAAAAAAAGAAAAGCUUGUUAAAUAUUUAAGUUAAGUUGGAUGAUGCACAUUGAGGCUAAAGUUAAGUUGUAGUUUUAUGACGAUGCAAAUUUUUGCUGCCUAACUCGAUGUUUUGAGAUUUCCUGUUGAGAAGUCACACUGUUUAUUAAUUCUCUCUCUCUCUCUCUCUCUUUUUAAAGAUGUGUUUUUUCUCUUUUUUGGAUCUUUUAACUUAAGGACUAACAUGAACUGUAAUUGUCUUACUUGAACCUGUCAACUACGCCGAUUAUGGAUUUCCUCGCUGCUGGUUUGGAGUUCUCGCUGGUGUAAAACAACAAAAAGAAAAAGAAAAAAAAAAUAGCAUUUUGACAGAUCUUAAGCAUUGUUAUGCCAUAUAUUACACCUCACUUUGAAUUUGUGUGCACUUGGUAUUCAAAAAUGUAUCUUGAAUUUUUGAGACUUAAUUUUACAAAUAAUAAAACCUCAAAUUGGAAA